AUGAAUUACAUCCCGACGGAGAUUGGCACGGAGGGUGGUGGGGAGGAACAGGGCGGGAUAAGCGGGUGGAAAGGCGGGGUUGAGGUGGGUGAGGGGGAUGACCUUCCUGCGCCGAGCCCAUCGGCCCCAGAGCUGGUCCUGAACGACCAGACGUUCCUGGAUCUCAUGGAGAGCGUGCAAAGGAACACGCGGGGUCUGCAGGACUGCCUGACGUAUAGCGAGGAGACGAGGAGGCAGUUGAAGAAGGUGACUUCGAGGCUGCACGAGCUUGUGGACAAGGUGGAGAGCAUGCACCGGGAGCAGGUGGGUUGGCUCAAGGGGUGCAAGAGAGUGUGCAGGGAGUGCUGCGAGGAUUACCUCGAGAAGCUUGGGGAGAGGGCUUCGUUGGUGCAUCGGGACAUCGAGGAUGGGAGGAAGGUGACGAGGCGGGUGUUGAAGGGUAGAUCGGGGCAUGAGGGGGGUGUGACCGAAGCCCUGGAAGAGGCCCAGAUGAACAUCCUGGAUCUGAUCGAGGGGUUGGUGGACCUCAGGAAGGGCAGGGGGUCGAUCGUGUCGCACGCCGUGGCCACCGGGGUCGGGGCUGGGGUUGGUGCGGGGUUGACGGCGGGUGCUUCGUAUGGGCUGUCGAGGCUUGCAAGGGGGUUGGGCAGGCGAGAGGGUGACGAUGGCUCGGAGAUUGACGUAGAGGAAUCGACGAAGGAUCUAUUGUUGCAGUUGCUGAACAGCGUUGAAGAGAUGAAGGAAGAUAUCAAACGGAUUGCAGAUGACAAACACACCGCUCAGGCAGCCGCACCCACUGCAUCAGACACGGGCGCGGUGUAG